UAGUAGCCGCAGGGGGGGGGGGCACCAAAACCGGAAGCAUACUUCCCUCCCCUUCCGGCUCACUUCCGCCUACCCCGCCCGGGCCGCCUGAGCGGAAGCGCUGAACCUGAAUCCUGUGGCUUGAAACCGGGAUACCGACAAGAUGCCGGCAUAUCAUUCUUCUCUUAUGGACCCUGACACCAAACUCAUCGGCAACAUGGCGUUGUUGCCUAUUAGAAGUCAGUUCAAAGGACCUGCCCCAAGAGAGACAAAAGAUACAGAUAUUGUGGAUGAAGCCAUCUAUUACUUCAAGGCCAAUGUUUUCUUCAAAAACUAUGAAAUUAAGAAUGAAGCUGAUAGGACCUUGAUAUAUAUAACCCUCUACAUUUCUGAGUGUCUAAAGAAGCUCCAAAAGUGCAAUUCCAAAAGCCAGGGUGAGAAAGAAAUGUACACACUGGGAAUCACUAAUUUCCCCAUUCCUGGAGAGCCUGGUUUCCCACUUAAUGCAAUUUAUGCCAAACCUGCAAACAAACAGGAAGAUGAGGUUAUGAGGGCAUACUUGCAGCAGCUAAGGCAAGAGACAGGACUGAGACUUUGUGAGAAAGUUUUUGACCCUCAGAAUGAUAAACCCAGCAAGUGGUGGACCUGCUUUGUGAAGAGACAGUUCAUGAACAAGAGUCUCUCAGGACCUGGUCAGUAAAGAGAUCCUGGGCAGGCACUGUCUCUACAGCUGUGGACAGCAAUUUAUAGCAAGAUGUACACAGUUCUUUGCCUUUAUUUCAUAGUUUUAUACAGAACAAAGAAGAGAGCAUGUGAAAAGCUCUUUAUCAAGAAUUUGGGGGAGGGGUUUGAGGUUUGAUUGCUUUAUUAAGCUGGUGCUUAAUAAAAGUGAUAAUAAUAAAGAAAUUUCUAACAUCCUA